AUGGAAAGCCCACCUCCACAAUGGAUUAAAUGCAACACUGACGCUGCUUGGCACAAAGACCAACAGAGAUGUGGAGUUGGCUGGAUCAGUCGAGAUGAAUAUGGGAGAAUGCUGUGGGCUGGGGUGAGAAGUUUUCAGAGAUUGGGGUCACCUAUAGAAACAGAAGCAGAAGGUAUUAAAUGGGCGAUUCAUUCCAUGUCUCGCCUUGGCUACAAACAGGUGAUCUACGAAACAGAUUCGCAGGUUUUUGCGAAGAUGAUCAACGGGCAUGAAGAAGUGUGGUCAAAGCUCAAACCACUAAUUCAAGAGAUUCAACAUGACAUUUCUGGAAUCCUCACUACAAGAUUGUGUUAUAUACAAAAGAAGAAUCAUGUCCCUAAGUUGUAUUCUAUUGUGCCUGAUUGGUUGAAACUUGCGUUUGAGACUGAUAUGUCUGAUGUAAGUUCAAACAAUGUUGGUUAA